AUGUGGCGGACUGGCACCAUGUAUGGAGGGUUCAGUGAUAGGAACUACGGGUACAAUCUUUUUCCAGGAGGAAAUGCCGCGUGCCUACCGCAAUCAUAUAUAAGCUGUAGGCAACCUAACGGCUUAAUGUAUCCUAGCCCCAGUUGCAUUCCUAGGCAACUAGAUCCCAUCCAACCCCAACAGUCACCUCAGUUGCAACCACAGCAAGUUGCUCAGCAAAAUGCGGACUCGCCUGUUUGCCGUUUCUAUCUCCCGACGAUCAACAGCGCUGCAUACUGGGGCCCUCACUUUGGUGACGUCGGAGGCAGCUCCGGACGAUCCUCUGUUGAUACCUCGCUCGCUGCAGUUACACCCAUGAGUAGCACGCAUAUGCAAAACUAUGACUCCCUGUCUCAAAAGCAGUUUACAACAGGCCAACCUCUUCCGCUGCCACAGUAUUUUAGCAUGCGCAAUGGUAACGGACCUAGCUCCUACAGCUUACCAAUGCAAAAUCUGUCAGGUUCGUUAAUGCUACAACAGCUGCACCCGCAACUGAAUGGACGUGCUUCUCAAUUGAUCAUGCCAAAUUGUGCCAACUUUCGACGGAGUAAUAGCAGUUACGGCGCAGCUGGUUUUAAUGCUGGCACUUUGCAGCGCAUCAACAGUGGAUUUGACAGCCGACCAAGCGCUAGCUUUCGCGGUGUUGACGGCUUACAACGGCAAUUUAGCACCGUGGGAGGAGACAUGGGAUUCUACGGCUACACUACUCAACCAGACACCAGCAAUGGCGGUGACACAGAGGGCUACGGCGAGAGCGUAGAGCAACCUGGAGCAUUGCAACGCGACAAAGCUGGUGGCAAUUCCUUGCAUCGUAUGUAUAGUUACGCUGUCGUCGAAAAUACAAACACGCUGAACAGGGGGCCCUCAAACUACGGUAGCUUUUACGGUGGCCACAACCUGUAUGGGGAUGCCGGGGGCGUUAGUAGCAAGGGGAGCGCGAGCUUUUACAGGGACAUGAGUUCCGGAAAUCUUCAACACACAUACAGUUUCGCCGGCGCCGUAAUCCACGGUUAUGAAAGUGGAUUCAACUUGCUGGACGCAGCGGCAGAGCAAAAUGAAUUUGGCGGCGAACCCUCGGAAGCUAACUUAUGGAACACCACCGGAAACACAGAAUAUGACGCGCUCAACAACACGAACCUGCCUCGGCUACCGUCUUUUACGCCACCGCUUUACAUGCAAAGUUCUAUUCCGCGUCCGCGUAGUCACUCUGCGCCAGCGAGUCGGCCAACACCACAGCUGGACAACUUUUCUCCACCAAUGAGUGAGAGAGCUGGUCAUGUCCAGCGGCGGCGGCGACAGAGGCCGCAGAGGCGCGCAAACAAUGAAGCAGUGGAGGAGCCACAAAUGCACAACAACGCUGUUGGGACGGUCGUCGAGAUGAAGCCUCUGCCAAAUCCAAACGAAGAAGAACUUCUUCCCAUUAAGCGUCUUGGUUCCGCCCCUGUGAACACGACACGGAACUUGGUGACACCGUUUGAUCAGAUGCGUGCUCUGCGACGCGUUCAAACGAGUGGGUAUCAGCCGCCAAACUCGCAAACUGUCCUCUCAUCCUCUAGGAUUGGUCGCAGACGUGACAACGGUGGUGGUCUUACUUUUUCGGGAGUUGCAGUUGUGUAA